AUAAACCCACUUCUUCGCUCACUCAUGGCCUCAGAGCCAGACCCUGAAUAUUCCUCUAUUUGAUUUCUUUAACUUCUUGAUAGUUAUCUCUCAAGUUUAUCAUCAAGAUUAUUUACAUACAUUUGAUGCAUACAAAUGGAAGCAGCAAGUAAAAUGCUUUCAUCAUCUUUAUCUUUGCCUCCAAGAACCCAACUCAAACAAUCUCCUCAACCUCCUUCUGCUUUAAAGCUAUAUGAACCUGCAGCUCCUGCACAUUCGUCAUUGCUAGCGACUUCUUUAGCUCAACAUUUCCCUACUUCCGUGUUACUUCAAGAACAACGUCGUGAAAGCAAGCCAUUGUUGCCGACGACAAAAGAUGAUAAAAAUUUCCAGGUAACUGUAGAUAAUGGGCAGAUAGGAGCUGAGCUUUCAACGCAUGAUGUGGAUGAUGUUAGUUCUGAUGAAUACCUAAAAGAAUUCCAAUCCCAAUUGCUACAGUGGCCUGGUUUAUGGUAUUUGUUACCAUCCUUACAUACAAGAGAAAAAACACUUUCCUCUUCAACUAUGCAGCCUAUGGAUGUUGAAGUAAAACAAGUAAUUGCGCUCGCAAAGAAAGCUCUGUCAGCUUCAAAAGAAGCAGCUUUACUAGUCGAUGAUGGUGAAUUAUUUAAAGAUGACCUUGAUAACUCCAACAUUUCAAGCUUAGGAUCUACAAAUUCAAGUCAACUUCAAACCAAGAAGGUCAAGUUUGUAAAGUCAACACGCCUCCUAGAGAGGCAAUCAAAGAAGAGAAAAGGCUCAAAGUCAAAUGUUAUAGUUCGUGAGACUAGCACGUCUACAAAAUCUGAGCCAGAGAAAAAAACAUCAUAUAAAGAUGCUAAUUUACAUGAUCCUCUUCGGAUGUUCUUAGCACGUCCGGUAACAAGAGAACUUUUGACUUCAAAAGAAGAACUGGAACUCAUUGCCCACAUAAAGGGUGGGAUGAAAUUAGAAGAAGCCAGGAGCCGGUUUCAUGAUCAGUUUGGUCGUGAACCGACAUUGGUCGAGUGGGCUGAAGGUGCUAAUAUUAGCAGCCAUGAGUUGAAGUCUCAACUUCACUUAGGUAACAGUAGCCGGGAGAAAUUGAUAUGUGCCAAUCUACGUAUGGUUGUUUAUAUAGCAAAACAGUACAGGGGGCGUGGUCUCGACCUUCAGGACCUUUUGCAGGAAGGGAGUAUGGGACUCAUGCGGAGUGUCCAAAAAUUUAAGCCCCAAGCUGGUUGUCGUUUUGCUACUUAUGCUUAUUGGUGGAUAAGACAAUCAAUUAGACGAGCUAUCUUUCAAAAUUCUAAGCUAAUUCGUUUGCCGGAAGGUAUAUAUACUAUGAUGUACAAGGUUAGUGAAGCAAAGAGACUCUGCAUACGUGAAGGUAAUCAUGAGCCGACACAAAGGCAAAUUGCAGAUCAAGCUGGAAUGACUGUCGAGAAGCUUCAAAAGUUGAAGUCUAUACAGAAAAUAACUCUCUCAUUGCAAAAGCCUGUUUGGGCCAACGAUAGUACUACAUAUGAGGAAAUUACUCCUGACACUACAAUUGAUACUCCGGACGCUAGUGCAUCAAAGCAACUUAUGAGAAACCAUAUCACUAACCUUCUUGGAGUUCUUAAUCCAAAAGAGAGGAAAGUAAUUCGAUUGAGAUACGGAAUUGGAUGUGAAGUCCGGAAAUCAUUGGCUGAUAUUGGAAUCAUGAUGGGGGUGUCUAAGGAACGGAUCCGGCAAGUGGAAAGUCGGGCACUAUUUAAACUGAAGCAGUAUUCUGAAAGCCAAGGACUGGAUGCAUAUAAAGAACUGCUUAUUUGAUCUUUUUAUAAUACAAACAUGAAAACAUGCUCUCAAUGCAUAUUAAUGAAAGAAAUAGUAUACCUUUCUUUAUCAGGAGUCUUGUUCGUAAAUGUAAGUUUUUCAGAUAGGUAGGCGGCGAUUCCAGGGCUACAAGUCUUCCUGCAUAGGGUAUACGUAACUGCACCAGAAAUGGACCUUUUUGAAUGUAUGGUACCAAACUUUUCAUACUUUUAUGUAACGAAAAGUUGGUCUCGGAUGUAUAAAACACUUCGUCUCAAGGACUAGUAUAAUGUUAUAUAUCCUUCACAUAAUGAAAAUUGUAUUUUUGUUAAAUUAA